AUGCUUGGCGUCAAACGAGUGGAGAAGUCGUUCUAUAGAAUCCCCAUAUCCAUGUUACGUGAUGAUGUGAAGUAUAAUUCAUUUGUUAUUGGCAGUGAGGAAGACUUGCAAGUUCUGCACCAUUGUCGCCGUCAGUUUUUCGAGGUGAGGACUCCGAAACUGUUGGCUAAGCUUGUAGAUGUGGUAUCUAGUUCUGGAGGUUCGAAUCAAAAUCCUCAAUCCUCAGGACAUCCAGCCUGCUCUAGUGUCAUGCUUGUUGGUGCCUCGUCGGUUGCACUGGUCAUUGCACUUGAGGAAGUUGGGGGAGGUAGCAUUUGCAACACCCGGUUCUCCUACAACGGUCCCGGUCUUUGGAGAGGUUGCAGUACCCGAUGGAGGGUUGAGGAUGCACUGCAUGAUGAUGAUGAUGUGGAUCCCGCCACAAUAGCGGAUGAUAGUGACGAUGACACACCACGGUCGACUCCAGCUACUUAUAGCAUUCGUCGUGGGGUUGAGUACAAGGUAUUGGAAUCUGAUAAUCGCAAGUACUAUGGCAAGUGCAAGGAGUUUGGCAGCGGUUAUCACAUGAAGCUUGAUUAUCAUGUCAUAUCGGUCUCCAUAUUGUCCAUGAUUAGAGCUGAUGUUGUCGUCUCGAUCAAGGUACUGCAUAAUGGCACAGAGGCACACUUCGGGUUCAAACCGACUUUCAAGAGGGUUUGGAUGGCUAAACAGAAAGUUGUGGCCCAGAUUUACGGAGAUUGGGAGGAGUCAUACAAUGACUUGCCACGAUGGGUAUUGGGUAUUCAAAUCACGAUGCCAGGUAGUGUUGUGGUGUUAAAGACGAGUCCUGUGUGGGUUGGUGGGCAGGUAGAUGACUCUGCAGCUUAUUUCUAUCGGCUUUUCUGGACAUUUUUACCGUGUAUUGAGGCAUUUCGACAUUGCAAGCCAUUGGUCAGUGUGGACGGUACCCACCUAUAUGGGAAAUACGGCAGUACACUAUUGGUUGCAAUUGCACAGGACGGCAACUCGAACAUUAUUCCUAUUGCAUUUACACUUGUGGAGGGGGAGAAUGCAAAGUCGUGCUCAUUCUUUCUAUCUCACCUAUGA